UGCCGCCCCACAGCUGAUCCCGCGGCCCUCACAGCCAAUCCCUUCCUCCUCAGCCGCUCCCUUCCUCCUCAGCUGCUCCCCUUCCUCCUCAGCCGAUCCCUUCCUCCUCAGCUGUUCCCUUCCUCCUCAGCUGUUCCCUUCCUCCUCAGCUGAUCCCGCGCCCCUCACAGCCGAUCCCUUCCUCCUCAGCUGCCCGCCCUGCCACGCAUCACCCACCGGCGGGAUCAUUCCUGCCCCCGGGCUGCCUCACGCCGCCUGGCGAGGGUGGUUGGGCCGCUGCCCUCUUCCUUCUCAGUGUAACAUCGAGCCAAGUGAUGUUCUGUAGCCAGAACUACAAGGGACAGCCUGGCUGGGUGUUAAACUGUGGGCGAGGGUGGGAAUGGGCAAAGGGAAAGCCUGAAGGAGGAUGCUGCCCCCGAGAGUGUUUAGUUUUAUGAAGGACCGUGGGUUUUUUCUAGACCAGACUGCUCAGUUGUCACCUCAGAGGUAGCGCUGCGACACUGAGCAAAUAAUCUCGACAAAAAUAUGAAGUGAUAUAAACUGAAGUUUACUGGCUUUUGUUCUUCACUUCUCGUACUUGGAAAAAAAGCCCUUCCUCACAUCUUUUGUCAGUAAGUGCACACUUGGCAGGAGUAUAAUGUUGACUAGGGGUGUAAUGUAAAAAGCAAAUUUUUUAAAGUUUUCAUUUAAUGAAUUCCAUAGAAUUUUCAAAAGCAGUGAAUUCAGAGGUAGCUUAGAACAAUGGAUGUUUUCCUUCUAACGAUAAAACUUUGCUUGCAUCACGUUUCUCCAUACAAAGAAUAACACAAGAAAACUGGGGUGCUUUGUGGGAAUGUAAUACUAAAAGAAUAAGUGAAAUCACCAGACUUAGCUUACACAGCCACCACCAAGUACAACUGCUUAUUAGGGCCCUAAUCACAUUCCUGAACCCUGUAGGAACAGCCCUGCUGUCUUUCAGCAGAACUAGGGCCCCAACAGGAAAAAGGAGACUUCAAACUUCACAAAACUAUUCUGGUCUGCAGGUGAAAUCUCCUUGAUACAUCUGAACGUGGCCAUAUCAGUCGCAUCCAAUUCCUUUUAGGGCUGGCUGUCAGAGAUGUGCCACACUGGCAGCCAUCCUCUGGCUUCAACAUGCCAAUGAAUUCCUCAGUGGAAAGGAGAGGCUUGUACUGGAGGUGGUGAAAGGAAAGGGGCUCCUGAGCUGGAACACCGCUCUCUGGACCAGGGAGGAGCUGAUGCUCGUUACAGUCAGCUUGGUGUCACUCACCAGCUCUUCCACCACAACAAGGGAUUUCGUGAGAAGCCCCACCCUUUGCCACUGCCCGUUUUGAAGGCGUCCUUACACAGUCAUCAUCAAAUGGGGACACAUCCUGAAUAAACCCAGGAGAGUGGGUUGCUGCUGCAGAGGGGGCUGAGAGUGGAACUGGCAGGGAAGCAGAAAGGGGAACACAUGAGGAGCACUGUGCCUUUCAGAAAUUGGUUGCUCUCUCUUGAAGAGGGUUGAAUCCAAAGCGUGUCAUGCUGCUGCCUCAACAUCAUUACUAUUUUCCUUUGGCUGUGCAUGUCCUGCUCUGUGUCACUCUUUAGGGUUAUCCCUGUCGCAGCCACCUCCUGUUGUGGCACUGGCUCUGUGGCAUCUCAGUGCUCUUUUGGAAGGGUGGAGGAGGCUUCCCUGGUGUGAGGAAUGUCCACGGCUGCAGACACAGCAGAACUGCCUUUCUUGUAGCUUGCACAAGCUGAAGCGAUCAUGUGACGUGAAGGGGUUCAGUUUCUCAGGAGCUGACUACAGUCAUUAUUAGGAGGAUUGGGAUGGAGCUCCUGAAGCAAGCAGUAUUGAAAGAGACUUUCCCAAGCUGGACUGGGCAAGAGAGUUUCUCAGUUGUUAAGAUCAACUAUGUCAUUUCAAGAUAAGUAAACAAAAUAAUUUUCAAAGUUUUAUGAUGAAACAGCUUUUUCUUACCACAUUGCAAUUAUUACACAGCCACUGUUUUGUUCAGUGUAAACUUCUAGUGGUUCAUCUAACUCUGCUUCUGAUUGGUUUUAAAAGUACUUGUUCUGCUACACUCAGAGCUUUACAAAGCUACUGAAGGAGCACCCUGGCUCGUUUUUCUCAGCUAGUUUGUACCAGAGUUUGAAGCAAUACAGGUGUAAGCAUGGCUAUGAUACAGCAGGGGAAAUGAGUGUGAAAGAGGGCAGAACCGGUAUUAUUAACAAUCUGCUACUGUGAAGGACCUGUAGCAGUGAAAAUAAUCUGUUUUUGUUUGAUUAAAAAAAAAGCCAAAAAAGGGAUAAGAUGAAAAUAUGUGGAGGGGAUGAUGUAUCUUGGUUGAUGUGCAAGGAAGAUGCUUUUUACAGAAUAUUUUUGGAUGAAUUUACAUCAUAAAUUACCAUUUUAAUGGGAUAGGGCUCAACAAGUGUUUACUGAAGAGGAAAAUCUUUAUACCAGGCCAGUAGAAAAAUGGUUUUAUAGCGUUUCCUACAAGUUCUCCAAAUACGGAGACUAAUAUAGAAGCAGGUCUUUCUACAGCCUUCAAUCCCACCUUCCAAUGGGCUAUAAACAAAAAAUCAAGAGAAUACAGAGCCAGACUCUUCCAAAGGCUUGGAAUUAAUCCUGUAGAUUUCCCAGAAACUUCUGCUUCCUUUAUUGCUGGCAUUUAUCUGUCAGUGGCACAGGCUUCUGCUACAAUCAGUGCAGACUGGAGAAUACACACAUGGCUCUAAUGGCUUAUUGUGCCACCACUGCAGUAAUGCCUGAGAAAAGAAAAUCCAGCAAAGACCAAGGAGAAAUUGCUGUGUCCAUAUCAGAACUGCUUAUUGCAGUUAUCUUCAAAGUGUCACGGGACAGCACAGGCCUGUCCACAUUGCUACACAGCUGCCAGCUGAGCAUUGAUAGUGCUAAAGUCAAGUUAAGUGGAGGAUCUAGCUGGAUCUACAGCUUUCUAUCUGGUUAUCUUUAUAAGCCCAUUCAUACCAAAUUGAAUAAAAAUCUAUGCCUAAAUAUCAAAUACAAAAUCCAAUUGAUGGAUGCCCUGCUUAGAAAACACAGGGUUUUAAGCCAGACUGACACCUUUGCACAAGUAGACUAUUUCCUAGUUAGUUCUCCAGCAGUCUUCAAAUCACACAUUAACUUGGAUUUGAAAGGCAUAGUCUAUCCAGUAGGAAAUCAUACAGACCCUCCCUUUAUGCCAGUUCUAUUUGCUCUCCCAAACCAGGAUGAUUCCAUUCUAUAUCUGGGAGUCUCCAAUUAUUUUCUUAAGUCUGCUUCACUGCCUCACUACAGAGCAGGGGCCUUUAACAUCACUAUCUCCAAAGAGCUUGAUAGUACUUUUAAUCUAAACAUUUCCCUAUUCAGACAUUUUAUUUCUGAGAUUGCUUGGAGUUACACAGCAGUGGGCCCAGUGCUGCUGAGGCUGGUGGCUAUAUCACCUCCUGCAGUCAGUUUAAAUGCAGGCAGAUGUGUCCUACAGAUCACUGCCUGCGUAGAAGUGUUUGCUGUUCUGCCAAAUUCAACCACCCAGUACAUCUUUGCAGGGAAUCUAACAGCCAGUACCAGAGCCAAAUUGACUAUAAGCAAACAGAAGUUGAUUAUCUCAUUACUUCUGAAGAGGUUCCAGUUCUCCCUGCUGCACUCCAGUCUUGGCUUCCCUGACAAGUCACUGGUGGAGAAUUUUCUGUCUUAUGCUUUACAGAGAAUACUGAUUCCAGUAAUCAAUAAAUUAGGGAAAGUAUUUCCUCUUCUUAAUUUCACCCACAUUAACCUGACUGGACCUGUAACAAAAAUUAAUCAGGGUCAUCUGGUUAUUUGCACUGGUGUUCACUAUCACCUGGAGGGUGAGGAGGACCUUCACAGCCACUGCUGA